AUGGCGGGGACGGCACGCCACGACCGAGAGAUGGCGAUCCAGGCCAAGCAGAAGCUCACCACGGCCACUGACCCCAUCGAAAGGCUCCGCCUGCAGUGCCUAGCCAGGGCCUCCGCAGGCAUCAAAGGACUUGGCAGAGUGUUUCAAAUUAUGGAUGACAAUAACCACAGAACCCUUGAUUUCAAAGAAUUUAUGAAAGGGUUAAAUGAUUCUGCUGUGGUCAUGGAAAAGGAAGAGGUGGAAGAGCUCUUCCGGAGGUUCGAUAAAGAUGGAAAUGGAACAAUAGACUUUAAUGAAGUUCUUCUCACAUUAAGACCUCCAAUGUCCAGAGCCAGAAAAGAGGUAAUUAUGCAAGCUUUUAGAAAGUUAGACAAGACUGGAGAUGGCGUGAUAACAAUUGAAGACCUUCGUGAGGUGUACAGUGCAAAACACCACCCGAAGUACCAAAACGGAGAAUGGACGGAGGAACAAGUGUUCCGGAAAUUUCUGGAUAACUUUGACUCACCCUAUGACAAAGAUGGAGUGGUGACCCCCGAGGAAUUUAUGAACUACUAUGCCGGGGUGAGCACUUCCAUUGACACCGAUGUGUAUUUCAUCAUCAUGAUGAGAACUGCCUGGAAGCUCUAA